CCGGCAAAGCCUCGUACUACUCCCGCACGCAUGUAGAGUAGUGAACCCCCACACAGCACACGUGCUGGCCACCUCCCGCCUACUUAUACCCGGCGCCCUUCGUCCCUCCCGUCCUGGCACCUCGAUUGAAUCGGUCUCCUCCACGCUCCUCACUCACCUGCAGUCUCCUCUCCAACCACCAACCCACCCACCCCAUCUCCAUCGCGAGCUCAGCCAGAUCCAAAUCACGCGCUCGCAGACAGCAGCGCAACACGUACGAGUGUAAUGCCGGGGAGUGUGCCGCUGGCGCUGGGCCUGGACACGGCGGGGGUGCAGGUGCCCUGGUACUUCCGGUGCCCCAUCUCCCUGGAGCUGAUGCGCGACCCCGUCACCGUGUCCACGGGCCAGACCUACGAUCGCACCAGCAUCGAGUCCUGGGUCGCCACUGGCAACACCACCUGCCCCGUCACCCGCGCGCCGCUCGCCGACUUCACGCUCAUCCCCAACCACACCCUCCGCAGGCUCAUCCAGGAGUGGUGCGUCGCGCACCGCUCCAUGGGCGUCGAGCGCAUCCCCACGCCCAAGCAGCCCGCCGACCCGGACCUCGUCCGCUCCCUCGUCGCGCAGGGGCCCCGCCUCCCCGCUCUCCGGAGGCUCAGGGCGCUCGCCAGGGAGUCCGACAAGAACAGGCUCGUCAUGGCCACGCAAGAGACGAGGGCGGCGCUCGUCGAGGUCGCCUUCGGCGGAGGAAGCGAGGAGGCCGAGGCGGAGGCCAUGGCGGUGCUCGCGCUUGUCGGGCUCGGGGAGGGGGAGGCCGUCGAGGUGGUAGGAAGGGAGGAGAGGGUGACCAGGCUCGGCAAGGUUCUUGCUGGCGGUCCGGCAGUCUCAUUGGACGCAAGGGUUAACGCUGGCGCCGUCGUGGAGGCGGUGGUGUCGGCGUCGGGCGCGGAGGGCCGGACGGUGCUGGGCGCAGCGGACGGGGUCAUGGAGGGCCUCGUCGCGCUGGUCGAGGAGAAGGCCAACGCGCGCGCCGUGCGCGUCGGGAUCCGGGGCCUGUUCGCGCUCUGCCUAACCAAGGAGAACCGGCCCCGCGCUGUGGCGGCCGGCGCGGCGUCCGCGCUGGCCCGGCGCGUGGCGGAGGGCGGGGCCGGGGAAGCCGAGCGCGCGCUGGCCGCGGUGGAGCGGCUGUGCCGGGUGGAGGGCGGGCGCGACGCUGUGGUCACCGGCGCCGGCGGGGGCUUCGCGGCGGUGUCGGCGCUGGUGCGCGCAAUGUCCGGGCGCGCGGCGGAGCACGCGGCGGGCGCGCUGGUGGCCGUGGUGGGCGGGUCGGAGGCGCUGCAGGUGGAGGCCGUCCGCUCGGGCGCUAUGAACCAGCUGCUGCUGAUGGUGCAGGGCGGCAGCUCGGAGCGUGCCAAGCGCAAGGCACAGCACCUCCUGAAGCUGCUCCGCGCCGCCUGGCCGACUACCGACUACAUCGCCAACUCCGACGACUUCCUCCAACCAUACUAAUUAUCAAUUAACCAGGCACCCUCAUUGCGCAAUCGCAUUGUAGCAUUCCCCAAGCUUAAGUGAUAAAGAUCACUGCAGAGCUGCCGGCUUGUAUGCCCUUGCAACCCAACGGACCACCCCGUGGGGCGCGGCGCCGGCGGCGUGCAUGUAUGAUGCCGGUAGUAGGACGGAGAAAAUUUUCGCUGUAUCCAAUUUUGUACGUACGUAAUGUUGGCAUGGAGGAGGGGGGUUCUUGAUGAUUUGAUUAAUAGUUAGCAGUCACCGAUUGUUUGUA